AUGGCCGAACGUAUCCAGCAACAGCAGAGUGGCGAGCAGAAUCGGGAGUGGGUUCCGUCUGCUCGUAGUAUCCAGUACUAUUCCCGUAUCGCAAACGCACUGUUCCCGCCGAGCUAUUCCACUGAUGAUUCUGAUACACCCACCUGGGAAGACGGGUUGAGGGAGAUUGAAGCGUUCAAUUGGCUAGGGAGCGACGAGGAGGAUGUACACAACAAAGGUGAGGCGUCACCCCCCGAGGCUAACCUCACUCCCAACCCCGCAACUGUUGUAGAAGAAUACGCUCCCACUGACCCAGCACAAGAGUUGGACCACCUCUCAGCUCAGACGACAACGACACCAGUACCACCUCCAGGGAUUCUCGAGCCUACACCGGUCUACGAACCUGCCAACCCUGUCCACCGUUUGGAGUCCUACUUGGACACCCAGUCACACUCGAGCACUCCAAUCCGUCCAACUACUCCACCGUACCAGAGCCCCUGCGAGGAUCCAGUUGAGACCACUCAAAAUGCCCAACCCCCUCGAACCCUCGAAUACCUCCAAACCUUCCGCUAUUCUCCGGCCCUCGAGACCAUCCGCGAGAAAAAGGUCCCAGGCGAUGAAGUCCUGGUGGAGAUGCUAUACAACACAGUGGUAUUUGAUCCCUCAUCAACCUCUUCCGAUCCCACCCAAGACGACCCUAACCAGCUCCAGGAACACUUCAACAACAUGAAGAUCCGCGAGCAAGGUAACCCUCCCCCCACCACCCCUCCUCGUCCCAUCCCCGCCACUAUCCCCUUUGCCCCCAAAAAGAUCCAAAAGUACAAAGUCGAUCUUCGAUCCAAAGCCGCCAUCGCCGGUGCCGCCGCCGCGCAUCGCACCACUGCCCCUCUCCCCCCCAUUGCCCUCUUCCCCAAAACGCUCCCAAAGGACAAAGUUAACGUUCGAACAAAAGCCAUCAAAGCCGCUACCGAGAAAGCCACCCCCGAGUACCGCAACAAGCGCGUCAAGACCGACAACGACGAUAGUCGUCCCAAAGCGACUGCCUCCAGCUCGCCGACUCGGAAACCUCGUAUACGCUGGACUCCUCUCUCGACAGAGGACAAGCCUGAUUCCAGUCCCGAGUCUCCGUUUAUGCCGGCGGGUGUGAAGCCUGAGUAUGCUCCACGUCUUUUCGCGUCUUUGCGUCGUUAUCAGAAGGGACCUUCUGCUGACGAGGGUGGUGAUGCGUCCAAGGAUGCGAAUGAGAAAUAG